AUGGAUAUUAUGGCCAAUGGUGUUGACGGCCGCACUAUUCUGAAAGGCUCAAAGAUGAAAGCUACCGCCCCCGGCGGAAGUUUUUAUUUCGAUGAGUUUAUCGACGCGAUGCGACAGCGUGGUGCCAAAACAAAGGUCUGGACUGGUAACACCGGUGUUGGUAAGAAUUUGACCCCAGACGUCCUAGAUGCUGCGAAAGGUAUUCUAGACACUGGCAACACCGGUACGAAGACCGACAGAUAUGCCAUGAAUGAGGACCCCAAUAAGCUCUUCCCGGAUGACUUUAAACGUGGCCAGUCCGUACAAUUUCCCGACCUCUAUGGAAAGGUAUAUGAUGUUAUUCAGGCAAGCCGCAAAAAGGUUUCAGGGGAUGGAGUUGUGAGCGGCAAUACUCAAGCAGAUUUCGAUACUGCUCUUUCGCGGGGUAGAGAUGCCACCAAAGGAAUGCACCAAGGACGAAUUGCCGAUGGGUGUGAGAAGGAAAUCGCGUGGAUGAACAACGAGUUCACGCAAAAUGGACUCGGAAUAUCCGUAGAAACAAAAGAAAAGUCUGCUAUGGAUGGGCUGCUCAAAUGGAAUCAGGCUGAUCCAGAUGCAACUCUCACAAAGAAUGAGGCACAUGCUGAUACUAUACUCAAAUCCUUCAUUCAAUUUACCAAAAACGAUGAUAGUACAGGCAGUGAAAUUAAAGGGGAGGCGAACCAUCGGGCUGCCUUGUUAUAUGCCCAGACGUGUUCUAGCCGAAUUUACGGAAAUGAAGACUGUUGA